GAGAAACUUUCGUGUUGUGCUAUAUGCUUAAAGUCAAUCAGAAGCACUGUGAAACAAAACAAUUGUUUACGAGGAAAAGACCAAUUGUAUUUUAUUCGUUUUCAUAUUCUGGUUUGCAUGCAAUAAUGUCAGACAUAUGAAAACAAUGCAUAAAAAACGACCUACGAAUGAUAUUAACUUGUUAACAAAAUUCUCGGAGAUGCUAACCUACAUCCAGUAGAAAAUGAGUAACACUGGUAGCGCUUCGUGUUUUAUUCCGGAUCUCAAGUCAUCAUACUCCGAUGAAGAUAACACGUUGGUGCGAAAUCUGUCAGGAAUGAAUUUACCUGAGAAAAUUCUAUUCGUAAUCGAUACGACAAGAGAGAGAAAUUGUACUCCUUUUAAACUUUCUACAGGAGCUAGCUAUAUGCCUCUGUUUAUGAUAAAACGAACUAUUGAAAAUUUUAUUUACAUUAAAUCUAUCAUUCAACAUAGUCAUGAAUAUGCAUUAAUGAUUUUGAAUUCUCAGAGCUCUCAAUGGAUAUGCGAUUUUACCAAUAACACAAACAGCAUUGUUAAUCACUUGAAUCUUAUUAACGAUGAUGUUCUAGAAGAAGAUAAAAAAUCAUACGAUUUUGGACAAAUGUUUGAUGAAAUACAAAGAAACUUACCUCUACCAACAAAAGAACAUGACACAACUGUUCCAACAUUUGUUGUCAGAGUAAUUUUAGUGUAUUCACGCUCCAACAGUAUACCAAAAUUUCAUAUUGAUAAAAGACCUUUAGAUAUUCUUACAAGAAAUCCAUAUUUUUUUAUAGAUGUGUUGUAUGUACAUGAACCACCUUGCUCAGAAAAUUUAUGCGAAGAAGUUUAUUCUGAAAUAGCAAAAUUGGAUACAACAAAUUUUUCAUACAUAUUAGAAGUAGGAAGGAACGCAGCAAAAUUGCAUGACAGUAUGGCUAAAUUACUGGCACAUCCCCUACAAAGGCCACCUCAAAAAGAUGUAUGUUAUGCAAUUUGUCCAUCUCCUGGUUCUCAAGAAACCUGUAAUAAUAUUUAAUUGUAUAACUUCUGUCUUCUGAAAAUUGUUAAAAGGAACAUUAAUUGAUAAAAUUAAAGAAAGAUGUUAAAGUAGCUUACAUGUGGAUUUACACACAUACAUUUGUAAUACGUCGACUGUGUUUACACAUAAAAAAUUUUCAACAGAUUGUCACGCACGAAAUAUUACGACAAGGGAUGGAUAAAAUAACAUUCUUUGAUUUAUCAUAAAUUUUAUAUCAAACUUUAUAAUCAUUUACAAAACAAUGUAACAUAACAUGAGAAUAUUCAUCAACCAUUCGCUCGCACGUAUUAUUAAAUGUAAAAACAAGAAGUAAGUUAACUACAUACUUACUACAAAUAAUGUUUCUCUGGAAUUAACAGUAUUUAAUCUUUAAUAGAUAUGCUUAUAAUAUUUAUAUCACAGCGUAGAAAUACUCAAUAAAUAAAACUACUUACAAUUGAAAGUAGAUUAGAACACAAAUGGACGUUUCUCCUGUUUAACAUCUCCUUUUUGUUACAGUACUAAGUAAUAAAAUACGUAUAACGUAUUCAACUUCAUUUAAUAUCGCAGGUUGCAUUUAAUAAUACAGGUUGUCCUUUUUAAUUGGAACCAGUGUGAUAUCAUAUAAAGAACUGAAGAUAUAUAUAUAUAUGAAUGUUGUUACAAAUCUUUGAUUUGAUUUGAAAGAGGAUUGUUUAUAUGUCAUAUAAAUAAAUAGCUUUUCUGUAAGUGAAGUAAUUCUUUUAAACGAAACGCUAUAUUUAUGUAUGUAACAAUAUUUACUGAAACGAAUGAGACGAUAUGCAAUUAUCGACAAUGAACGUGAAAUAUCUUUAAAAAGGGAUACAUACGAUUCAUAGGGAAUAGUUAUCUAUAUCAGAUAAUGCAUUUUAAUGUAUGUACUUUGUAAUAUAUUAUCUCGAUACCAGAUUAUUCUUGUAAGGACAGUCCUUUAAUGUCUUCAGUUUGUUAUACGAUAUUCUACCGUUUUCUGUUAAAACAUAUAUCUUGCAUAUCAAAUAUUACUUGUUAACACGAUUGUUUGGUGAUUUCAAAUAACCAAGUGAAGUCAACGUCUCACAUGAGAGAAUGUUACAUAUCACUUGUGUAUCACUUAUUUAACUGUAAUGGGAAGAUUAAUACAGUAUAUAUAUUUACAAAC